CACGCGCAGCUCAUCUGAAACGAACAUGGCGGAAGAAGAAAAACUAUUAAACGCUCUGGACCUUAGCAAGAGAUGGCAGGAGGCGGCGGACAGCGGGGCGGCCAUCUUGCAGCACCUGAUGGAGACGGUACCUCAGAUCUACUGCCAGGAGGCGGAGCCCCAGCCACAGGAGGAGGAAGCGAUGACACAGGAGAGGCUGCUGCUGCCACUGGAGUGCUUCCUGUUUGGGGAGGACCCGCGGCGGGGCAUGGAGAAGCUGCAGCAGAGCGGCGCCGCCGGUGCUCAGCAGUGCGGACGAGUCUUCAAGGAGGGAGAGACCGUCUACUCCUGCAGAGACUGUGCCAUAGACCCAUCAUGUGUUCUCUGCAUGGACUGUUUCCAGAACAGUAUACACAAAGGGCAUCGUUACAAGAUGCAUGCGUCAUCAGGUGGGGGCUUCUGUGACUGCGGUGACCUGGAGGCGUGGAAGACUGGCCCCUGCUGCUCACAGCACGACGCCGCCAGCACUGCUGUUCCCAUGGAAACCGAGGAGUGUGUGUUGGAGGGGGAUCUGCAGCAGCGCUGUGCCCUGCUCAUCCAAGUGCUGCUGCGCUACGCUACUGACAUGCUGGUCUGGGAGGAGGGACACGAGCUGGUGGCAGAGAUACAGCCCAGGGUGAAGCAGAACAUGUACUACUGUGUGCUGUACAAUGACGAGCACCAUUCAUACGACCACGUCAUCUACACUCUACAGCGCUCCAUACAGUGCAACCACACUGACGCGCAAACACACACCGCUCUCAUCGACAAAGAGGGCCGCAGAGCAGUGAAGAGGGGAAAUCUGCGGACGUGUCAACAAGCCAAAGACCUUAUCAGAUCCAACUCGGAGCACAUCUCUCUACAGCCCCUCCGUGUGGAGAUCCUGCAUAUUGCAGUCAUGGCCCACCAGAGUUUUGCCAUGAGACUAGGAGCCUGGUUUCAGCAGGUCGUUGGAUACUCGGUGGGGCUCAGGCAGGUGUUCUGCCAGGUAUCCCUGCAGCCUGGGGCUGACGGUGACAAGCCAAGUCCCAUCUCUCGCCUCAUGCUCCACGACGCCCGCCUCUACAAAGGCGCCCGCAAAGUGAUCCAUGAACUCAUCUUCUGCAGUUUACUGAUGGAAACGGAGUACAAGAAGCAGUUUGCAAUAGAAUUCACAAAGUUGUAUCAGCAGCUUCAGAAAGACUUCAUCAGUGACGAUCACGAGAGAAAUAUAUCCAUCACAGCACUGUCCGUGCAGAUAUUCACUGUCCCUACACUGGCCAGGCAGCUGAUUGAGGACGCUAAUGUGAUCGAGGUCAUCAUCAACACGGUGAUGGAGAUGCUGAGGGAACACCUGGACAGCAACCGUCGCUUCCACUUCCAGGGAUACAACACAGACAAGUUCUUCAGGGUCCAGGUCAUCUUCCACGACCUAAGGUACAUCCUAAUCAGCAAGCCUUCAGUAUGGACUGACGGGCUAAGGACACAUUUUCUGGAGGGCUUCAAAGUCUUUCUAGACCUCCUGAAGUGCAUGCAGGGCAUGGAGGAGGUGAAGCGUCAGUUUGGGCAGCACAUCGAGGUGGAGCCGGAGUGGGAGGCGGGCUUCUCCACCCAGAUCCAGCUGCACCACAUCCUCUCCAUGUUCCAGGACUGGUGCUGCUCAGACGAGACGGUGCUGCUGAUGGCGUUUCGGGAGUGCCACGGAGCCUUCGCCAGCUGCACCAACCAGCCCUUCCACAGCGAGCCCGAGGACGCCUACAUGUGCAAACACAUCCUCAGCCACCGCCCUUACAAAGUCACCCAGGAGCCCGUCAGCAUACACCUCCCCAUCUCCAGACUGUUAGCAGGUCUCUAUGUCCACUUAUGCCGGACGGGAGCUCUCAGUCGUCUACCUCAGUAUAUGGACCCAGAAAGUUUAGACUAUACCCUAUGGGUGGAGCAUCCUCUGCGCUGCGUGGUCCUGGCCUCUCAGGUGUCUUCGGAGAUGUGGCGCAGAAACGGCCUCUCUCUCGUCAGCCAGGUCUACUACUACCAAGAUGUUAAGUGCAGGGAAGAGAUGUACGACAAAGACAUCAUCAUUCUUCAGAUCAUUGCCUCCAAAAUGGACCCCAACCACUUCCUCAUGCUCAUCCUGCUGCGGUAUGAGCUCUUUGAUGUGUUCAAUGGGAAUAGCUCAAGCAAAGACCAAGAAGUCCUCAGACAGUGGAACAAGUUGACGGAGGAGAUGCUGUACCUGCUCAUUGUCAUCAUUGGGGAGCGGUACGUCCCAGGGAUCAGUAACGUGAGUCGCGAGGAUGUGACGAUGCGGGAGGUCAUCCACCUGCUCUGCAUCCAGCCCAUGGCUCACAGCAGCCUCGUCAAGAGCCUGCCAGAGAAUGAAAACCAUGAGACCGGCCUGGAGACUGUCAUCUCGAAAGUUGCAACUUUCAAGAAGCCAGGAAUAUCAGGUCACGGUCUGUAUGAGAUCAAGAAGGAAUGUCUUCAGGAGUACAACCCCUUCUUCUACCACUACACCAAGUCUCAGCUCAGCAAGGCUGAAGACACCCAGAAGAAGAGGAGAGUGCAGGAAGGCAGUGAUAAAGCGAUGAGGCCGCCCGUCCCUCCUCCGUUCACCGAGUGCUUCUCUGGCGUGUUGCGCCUGCUGUCCUGUGACGUCUUCAUCCACAUUCUCAGACACGUACUGCAGAGAGCCGUGGAGGAGUCUGCGCCCCUGUGGACAGAAGCCAUGAUACACAAGACUCUUCACCUCAUAGGCCAGGCUCUUAUAGAGGAGAAUUCUCAGGUGGAGGCCGGCGUUGCGGAGAACGUCACCUGCAACUUCAGCCAGAAAGCUCGCCAAAUCGCAUCAGAGCAUGGCAAGUCAUUGUUUGACUUCCUGACCAAAAUGAAAGCAAUGCCACUGUUGGAGGCCCAGAAGGACAUGAUCUCCUGGAUCCUGCAGAUGUUUGACACACUCAAGUGUGUCCAUGACAAUUCCAGUCCUCCACCAAUGCAGAGCACUGCGCAGUCAAAGCAAGAAGAGACCACCCACGAUAAGGAGAAGGCCGAACGGAAGCGGAAGGCGGAGGUUGCUAAGCGGCACCGUCAGAAGGUGAUGGCCCAGAUGUCCGCCAUGCAGAAGAACUUCAUCGAGACGCACAAGAUGCUCUACGACAACAUGCCCGACAGCGGCGCACAGGGAAACGCCUCCACAGAGCCCUCCGCGGCCUCAGAAAGUGCUAUGGAGCUGAGUGAGCGUCGCGUGGCGGUGGGUCCCCAGCAGGGGGGGUGGGUGUUGGAGCGCGAGUCGCUGACCUGCAUCCUGUGCCAGGAGGAACAGGAAGUGGUGGCCGACGGGCCCGCCAUGGUCCUCACCGCCUGCGUACAGCGCUCCACCGUGCUCACGCAGAACAGUGGCACCGCCCUCUACACACCAGAUGACCACUACCCUCUCCUCAUGCCCCCUGAGCUGGCCGUGGGAACUCACACUGGCAGCUGUGGCCACGUCAUGCACGCCACCUGCUGGCAGAAGUACUUUGAGGCUGUUCAGACGGCCAUCCGGAGUCGUCUUCAUGCGGAGAUGAUUAUCGACCUGGAGAACGGGGAGUACCUGUGCCCCCUCUGCAAGUCGCUAUGCAACACGGUCAUCCCCCUCAUCCCGCUGGACACCGCACCCCUCAACUAUGAGAGCGCCCAGAUGGUGGGUCAACACCUCACCUUCCAGCGCUGGUUCCAGAUCAUCCUCGCCCGCAUCAAGGGGCUCACGGCUACUACACCGGAAGCGGAGGAGCACACCGGGAGCUCGGUGGACCCGGAGACAUUCGGAAUGGGACAAGCAGAGUUCCGAUCCAUCCUCAGCUUCGGUGUGCGGGAGCCGCGCAAGUUCUCGGACAGCAUUCUGCAGAUGGUGCAGGUAUGCGGCACCACCAUCCAUCGAGUUGGCCUGCAAGCGCCGCCCAAUGAGCAGUGUCCGCACGUGCCCGUGAUGUCAUGGAACACCUGCGCCUACACCAUACAGGCUACAGAGAAUAUGUUACAGGAGGAGGGGAAGGCACUGUUUGGUUCCCUGCAGAACAGACAGUUGGCAGGCCUGAAGGCUGUAGUCCAGUUCUCGGCGACCCAGAGAGUAAUAAGCACCCAGGCUGUGGUGCAGAAGCAUUUUACUAACAUGCUGGCAGUGCUGGUGCCCGUUCCUGAUGCCAAGGAAUCUCAGUCUAUUCUUGAAGUGGACUGUUUUCACCUCUUGGUGGGCCUGGUUCUGGCGGUGCCCUCCUUGUACCAGGAGGAGUCUGUGGACCUGCUGCCCUCCCCCAUCAGCACGGCCUACAACCACCUGCACCUGCUGCACCUCCUCACCAUGGCACACAUGCUGCAGAUCAUGCUCUCCUCGCAAGAUGCGGUCGGCGUUGAGGGUACAAAGGGCGAGGAGGCUGAGUCUGCUGCCUCUGUGUACUCCAGCGUGGUCCAGCACACGCCAGGUUUAAGAGCGGACCUUUCGGGCUGUGCGGUGGUGGAGUGUGUGAGGAAAGGCGUUCUCCCGUUCCUGCGAUGUGCUGCGCUGCUCUUCAACUGCCUUACAGGAGUACAGCCCCCAGAGGAGCUGCUGGAGAGGACAGUUACUGCGGAGGAUGAACUGGAGGCGUUGUGCUGUUACCUGGCUCUGCCCACCAACCUGUUUCAGCUGUUCCACAAUCACAAGGACAUGGUGGAACCCCUGAUGAAGAGGUGGUGUGGGCAUCCAGCAAUUUCGAAAGCAUUAAUUGGUCAACUACAAGCCAUAAGGUAUCCACGGAAGCGGAAUCAACUAAUCGACCUUCCAGAGGACUACAGUGUGCUGCUAAACCAGGCCAGUCACUUUAAGUGUCCAGUGUCAUCAGACGAGGACAGGAAGCACCCCACGCUUUGUCUGUUCUGUGGGGAGAUGCUGUGCUCCCAGAGCACCUGUUGCCAGAAGCAGCUGGACGGCGAGUAUGUGGGCGCCUGCACCGCGCACGCUGCCACCUGCGGGGCUGGAGUGGGACUGUUCCUUCGGGUGAGAGAGUGCGAGGUAGUCCUCAUGGGCAGCAAGACGCGUGGGACCACCUAUCCCGCCCCAUACCUAGAUGACUACGGGGAGACGGACCCACAGCUAAACCGUGGCAACCCUCUGCAUCUGUGUCCGGAGCGCUACACCAAGCUGCAGUACCUGUGGCUACAGCACUGCAUCCCCGAGGAGAUCGCGCGCAGCCUCGAGGUGCUCAACGUCAUGUUCGCCUUCGAGUGGCACACGCUCUAGCCUAUCAGAGCCCAGCAAAUGCCCAAAGACUGUGACAGUGAAAGUGGGAGGGGCCACGAUGUGUGACGGCAGAGAUGAAGACCUAAAAGGGAAUUGAUAAUUCCUUAAAAAAACCUUUUGAAGUAAGCAAAAGGGUUGUUUGAUUGUGUAUAUUAGUUUCUAUACCUUCACUUAAUCACACAACAACAAACACUUCUCUGACGGGACAAACGGAAUCGCAGUUUUGUCAAACUUUUGUGAUAUUUUAAUAAAACUGCAAAAACAACAACAAAACCAGGAGCCAUUUUAGUCUACACGCAGUCUUGUUCUCCCUUUUGUUCAGAAACACUGAAGACAGCUGAUGACCAGCCAUUUUAGUCAAAAGACGUGCAAAAUGUAGAGAAAGAAGCAAAGCUAUCUUUUUUUUUUUGGAAAAGGAAUGGAAUGGUUGCUGGGAUGUGAUACACUUGAUGAAGUGUACAAACUUUGGUUCAUAAGGUCUCAAAGAUAUUUCGAUUAGCAUAUUACACAGGAAUGCCACUGACGCAAGCAGGGGGAAACAAAUAGAAAACAUAUUGCAUCAAGUAAAUUAUGCUGUCUUUGAAUCGUAAACAUUCAGAAUAUGCAUUUGAAAUCAAUAAUCCUUUAAAUGCACUAUUACUACGCCAACAGUCACAUACCUCUGCACAGGAACUAUGUAAUGCAUAUCUUCAUUUGCUACUGUACUGCUUCAAAGUGCAAUUACCAUUCUAUUCUAAAUAAUAAAAUUAUUUCAUGAAAUCA